CAUGCGCAGCCGCGCACCUUCCGCCCACCGUACCUCUUCUGCGCCUGCGCGACCGUGAUUCCCCGCUCACAGCUCCCCUCCCCCCAGGGCUCCCUAAAGAGGGCCACGAGCUGCGAAAGGGCGGGAAAGGCGGUUGGAGAGGGAGAGAAAUCUUCCUGAGGUUGCAGACGCCAGCGGAUUUGCUUUGGGAGCCAGAGUAGCUGUUGCCACCAGAGUCCGGAGCCAUGAGCGGGUUUAAUUUUGGAGGCACUGGGGCUCCUACAGGUGGGUUCACAUUUGGCACUGCAAAGACAGCGACAACCACACCUGCUACAGGGUUUUCUUUCUCCACCUCUGGCACUGGAGGGUUUAAUUUUGGGGCUCCCUCCCAACCAACCACAAGUACCCCUUCCACCGGCCUGUUCUCACUCGCCACUCAGACUCCGGCCACACAGACAACAGGCUUCACUUUUGGAACAGCAACUCUUGCCUCGGGGGGAACUGGAUUUUCUUUGGGGAUCGGUGCUUCAAAGCUCAACUUGAGCAACACAGCUGCCACUCCAGCCAUGGCAAACCCCAGUGGCUUUGGGCUGGGCAGCAGCAAUCUCACUAAUGCCAUAUCGAGCACUGUCACCUCCAGCCAGGGCACAGCACCCACCGGCUUUGUGUUUGGCCCCUCCACCACCUCUGUGGCUCCAGCCACCACAUCUGGAGGCUUCUCAUUCACUGGUGGAAGCACGGCCCAGCCCUCCGGUUUCAACAUUGGCUCAGCAGGGAAUUCAGCCCAGCCCACAGCACCUGCCGCAUUGCCCUUUACUCCAGCCACGCCAGCAGCCACCACAGCAGGCGUCACGCAGCCAGCUGCUCCCACAGCCACAGCCACCACCACCGGUACUGGGCCCACCCUCUUUGCAUCAAUAGCAACCGCUCCAACCUCGUCUGCCACCACUGGACUCUCCCUCUGUACCCCUGCGACCACCGCAGGAGCCCCCGCUGCUGGGACACAGGGCUUCAGCUUAAAGGCACCUGGAGCAGCUUCCGGUGCCUCCACAACAACAUCCACCGCUGCCACCACCGCCACCACCAGCAGCAGCAGCACCACCGGCUUUGCCUUGAAUUUAAAACCACUGGCGCCAGCUGGGAUCCCCAGCAAUACGGCAGCCGCUGUGACUGCUCCACCUGGCCCUGGUGCAGCUGCAGGGGCGGCUGCUAGCUCCGCCAUGACCUACGCGCAGCUGGAGAGCCUGAUCAACAAAUGGAGCCUGGAGCUAGAGGACCAGGAGCGGCACUUCCUCCAGCAGGCCACCCAGGUCAAUGCCUGGGACCGCACGCUGAUCGAGAACGGGGAGAAGAUCACCAGCCUGCACCGCGAGGUGGAGAAGGUGAAGCUGGACCAGAAGAGGCUGGACCAGGAGCUCGACUUCAUCCUGUCCCAGCAGAAGGAGCUGGAAGACCUGCUGAGCCCGCUGGAGGAGUUGGUAAAGGAGCAGAGCGGAACCAUCUACCUACAGCACGCGGAUGAGGAGCGCGAGAAAACCUACAAGCUGGCCGAGAACAUCGACGCGCAGCUGAAGCGCAUGGCCCAGGACCUCAAGGACAUCAUCGAGCACCUGAACACGUCCGGGGCCCCCGCCGACACCAGCGACCCACUGCAGCAGAUCUGCAAGAUCCUUAACGCGCACAUGGGCUCGCUGCAGUGGAUCGACCAGAACUCGGCCCUGCUGCAGAGGAAGGUGGAGGAGGUGACCAAGGUGUGCGAGGGCCGGCGCAAGGAGCAGGAGCGCAGCUUCCGGAUCACCUUUGACUGAGCCACAGCAGCUCCGGGGCCCGCAGGUCCCCAGGGAGUUCCAUGCGGGGAACGCGCCCUGUUGUCUGGUUUGGGGUUGUGGCAAGAUAACAUGUUUCUUUCUUUCACGUGACUGCCCUUGA